AGGAGUCCGGGAACUGCUAUUUGUAGACCCUUGUGAUGGAUUACUGCCGUGUGUGUGUGUGUGUGUGUGUAAGAGAGGAUAGAGAUUUUUUGUUCCUGUGCUGUUCCGUAUCCCCCUUUCUUCAGGCAGACGGCAGAGCGCUGCUGAGCAAAGCAGUGAGGCAGGAGCGCGUUACGCACAGAAGCGGCUAAGCAACUCCUCCAAGAAGAGGAAAGGGAGAGUUUGUGCAGAAAGUGAAUCGUGAGAGCAUAGGAGCCGCUUUUUUUCUUCUCACGUUCUGGAAACGGGAGAGCACUAGCCUGAGCUCUCACGUCUCAAAGCUUGCGAGAUCAUGCCUGCGAGAGGAGGACACUCUGUAGGCAGACUGGUGGAGGCGUGUAUCCGGAUACUGCUGCUGUGCAAGGCUGCCACGGCGUGCCCUGCGCUCUGCACUUGCAGCGGCACCACAGUGGACUGCCACGGGCUAGGGCUCAAAACCAUGCCCAGGAACAUACCCCGAAACACAGAGCGGCUGGAACUAAAUGGAAACAACCUCACACGCAUCAACAGAAAUGACUUUUCUGGACUCAAGUAUCUUCGAGUUUUGCAGCUGAUGGAGAACCAGAUUGGGACAGUGGAGCGCGGCGCGUUUGAUGACAUGAGAGAGCUGGAGAGACUACGUCUGAACAGAAACCAGCUUCACCAGCUUCCAGAGCUUCUGUUCCAGAAGAACGCGGCUCUGUCCAGACUAGACUUGAGUGAGAACUUCAUCCAGGCGAUUCCCCGAAAGGCCUUCAGAGGAGCUACGGACAUCAAGAACCUGCAGUUAGACAAGAAUCACAUCAGCUGCAUCGAGGACGGAGCUUUCCGCGCGUUACGUGGACUUGAAGUUUUAACCCUGAACAGCAACAACAUCAGCAGCAUCCCAGUGUCCAGCUUCAACCACAUGCCCAAGCUCAGGACAUUCCGUUUACAUUCCAACAACCUGAACUGCGACUGCAAUCUGGCCUGGUUGUCCCAGUGGUUGCGCGAGCGGCCGACCAUCGGUCUGUUCACCCAGUGCAGCGCUCCAGCUCCGAUACGAGGACUUAAUGUAGCCGAGGUCCAGAAACAUGAAUUCAGCUGUUCAGGUCAGUCUGAAGACGCUGCUGUUCAGUCGUGUAGUUUCACCGCCGGCUCGUGUCCGGCCGUCUGCACCUGCAAUAAUAAUAUUGUGGACUGCAGAGGGAAAGGACUGACGGCGAUACCGGCAAACCUGCCCGACAGCAUGGCAGAGAUACGACUGGAACAGAACAGCAUCAAAUCCAUCCCUCCUGGAGCGUUUUCUCCUUAUAAGAAACUGCGCAGAAUAGAUCUCAGCAACAACCAGAUUUCUGAGAUCGCUCCUGAUGCCUUCCAGGGCCUGCGCUCCCUAAACUCACUGGUUCUGUACGGCAACAAGAUCACUGAUCUGCCCACAGGAGUGUUCGAUGGACUCUACACCCUCCAGCUGCUCCUUUUGAAUGCAAACAAGAUCCACUGUCUUCGCGCCAACACCUUUCAGGACCUGCAGAAUCUCUCGCUGCUUUCUUUAUAUGACAACAAAAUCCAAACGCUGGCCAAGGGCACCUUCACCUCGCUGCGCACCAUCCAGACCCUGUGAGCUCACACUCAGACCAGAUGCUUUUACGGUUUUUAAACGAGAUUCUUUGAUAAUCAAAAGAGAACUUGCUUGCUUGCAUGUCUAAUGUUAAGGAGUCUUCAACUGUCCAAAGAGCAGUAUGUCAUCCCAGGGACGGAGGACGCCAGGCUGAGCUAUGACUGUAAUAAUGACCCAGUCUGUCCAGCCAAAUGCCGCUGCGAGUCGAAUGUAGUGGACUGCUCCAAUCUACGGCUGAACCGCAUCCCUGAACACAUCCCAGCAUCCACCACUGAACUGCGUCUCAACAAUAACGAGAUCACGAUGAUAGAGGCCACAGGGGUUUUCAAGACGCUUUCUCACCUGAAGAAAAUAAACCUGAGCAACAAUAAGAUCUCAGAGAUCGAGGACGGGGCAUUUGAGGGGGCGACUUCGGUCAAUGAGCUGCACCUGACGGCAAACCAGCUGGAUUCAGCGCACAGCGGGAUGUUCAGAGGGCUGGAUGGCCUGCGCAUGCUAAUGCUGCGCAACAAUCGCAUCAGCUGCAUUCACAACAACAGUUUCACGGGAUUGCACAACGUCCGUCUGCUGUCGCUCUACGACAACACUCUGACCACCAUCACACCCGGAGCCUUCGACACGCUGCAAAGCCUCUCAACCCUAAACCUGCUGGCCAACCCAUUCAACUGUAACUGCCAUCUGGCAUGGCUGAGCAGCUGGCUGAGGAACCGUAAGAUCGUCACGGGAAACCCGCGCUGUCAGCGGCCGGCAUUCCUCAAAGAGAUUCCCCUGCAGGAUGUAGCGUUACCAGACUUCCGCUGCCAAGAGGAUCAAGAAGAAGCGAGCUGCACGCCGCCCGUCCAGUGUCCCACCGAGUGCACUUGUCUGGAGACCAUGGUCCGCUGUAGCAACAAACACCUGCACGUCUUACCCAAAGGAAUCCCGCGCAACGUCACUGAGCUGUCUCUGCAUGGUAAUGACAUCUCAGAGCUGCCUGAUGGGAUCUUCAACGACGCUGCAUCGCUGUCACAUCUAGCGAUUGGUGCAAACCCUUUGCACUGUGACUGCCGCCUGCGCUGGCUCUCUGACUGGGUGAAAACUGGCUACAAGGAGCCUGGCAUCGCACGCUGUGUUGGACCGCACGGCAUGGAGGGGAAAUUACUGCUCACCACGCCUGCCAAGAGGUUCGAAUGUCAAGGUGAAGUGGACACUGCUGUACUAGCGAAGUGUAACCCGUGCAUGUCUAAGCCCUGUCUGAACCACGGCAGCUGCGAGGCCGAUCAGACGGACGGCUACAGGUGUCGCUGUUCAGAGGGUUUUAAGGGCAAGAACUGUGAGACGGCGCUCAACACUUGUGUCAGUGAGCCCUGUAAGAAUGGAGGAGCAUGCCACAUGUCCGGAGAAGAGGAUGAAGACUUUAGCUGUUCAUGUGCUGCAGGCUUUGAAGGUCCCACAUGUGACACUGACAUAGACGAGUGUAAAGACAACGACUGUCAGAACGGAGCAACCUGCAUAGAUGGGAUCAACAAUUACACGUGUUUAUGUGCCCCUUUUUACACAGGGGAGAUGUGUGAGGAUAUGGAGGACAUGUGUGCUUCUACUCGCAGUCCCUGCAAGCACCAGUCCACCUGCUUCAUCACAGUCACUAGCCCAAAGUGUAUAUGCGCACCUGGUUAUGUGGGUGACGACUGCAGUGUGAACUAUGACGACUGUAAGGAGCACAGGUGUCAGAAUGGGGCACAGUGUGUGGACGAGGUUAAUGGAUACUUCUGCGUUUGCCCCGAGGGCUACAGUGGACAGCUUUGUGAAGUCCUAUCUACUCUGCGCUCCCUCUGCGACCUGGCUGACUGUCAAAACAAUGCCCCCUGUGUGGAGCGGGGGGGGCAUGCACUGUGUCAGUGCCUGGAAGGGUUUGGUGGACCAUGCUGUGAAAAGUUGGUCAGUGUCAAUUUUGUGGACCGAGACUCCUACCUGCUACUGAGUGACCUGCAGAACUGGCCUCAAGCUAACAUCACGCUACAGGUGUCCACAGCAGAAGACAAUGGCAUUCUUCUGUACAAUGGGGACAACGACCACAUUGCUGUGGAGCUUCAUGAAGGUCAUGUUAAAGUCAGCUAUGACCCUGGCAGCCAACCAAGUCAUGCAAUCUACAGUACUGAGACCAUCAAUGAUGGUCAGUUCCACACUGUAGAACUGGUGACCUUUGACCAGAUGGUGAACCUUUCAAUAGAUGGUGGUAUCCCAACAACCAUGGACAGCUUUGGUAAAGUGCAGCCCUUGAGGGGAGAAGCUCCACUAUAUGUGGGAGGCAUGCCGGUCAGUGUCCACCCCACACCUCCCCGUGUCUGGCAGAUCCAAAACAGCUCCAGUUUUCAUGGCUGUAUUCAGAACCUUUACAUCAAUAAUGAGCUGCAAGACUUUACCAAAACCCAGAUGAAACCUGGUGUGGUGCCCGGAUGUGAGCCCUGCCGAAAGAUAUACUGCCUCCAUGGUAUUUGCCAACCCAACACCGCCACGGGCCCUGUAUGCCACUGCCAGCCCGGAUGGAGUGGGCAACACUGUGACCAGCCUUCGGCGAACCCCUGCUUGGGCAGCAAGUGUGUCCACGGGAGAUGUAUACCAAUGGACAUGCAGUCGUACCGCUGUGAGUGCCAGGAGGGUUUUCAUGGUGCCCUGUGCAACCAGCAGGAAGAGCUCUUCAAUCCAUGCAGAAAUCUUCAAUGCAAACAUGGCCACUGUCAGUUAUCUGACACAGGAGAUGCCUACUGUCAUUGUGAGAUGGGCUACAGUGGAGAGUUAUGUGACAAGGAGUCUGAGUGCCACGGGGAGUCAGUGCGGGACUUCUACCAGGUCCAGCGCGGUUACGCCAUCUGUCAGACCACACGCAUGGUGUCUUGGGUGGAGUGCAGCGGUUCCUGUGACACCGGCUCCUGCUGCACCAGUCAAAGGAUGAAGCGCAGGAAAUACACUUUCGAGUGCAGCGAUGGCACAUCCUUCAGCGAAGAGGUUGAAAAGACCAUCAAGUGUGGCUGUGUGGGGUGCAUGUAGAACACAACCACUAGCAUCACCGCCUCAUCACAGUCUGACAGAUCCGCAGAAAGAGCCAUCACAAUAAGUCAAAAGAAAUAGAUAUCUUUCAUUGGGUAUACAGAGACAUACCACCACUCUAACCCCCCACCCUUUUAUAUUUCCACCACAGCCUGAAACUUCUACCCCCGUUUUGUCCUUUCGUGAGGUCUCAGAAUGGUAAAUUAACAGCAACUCUGCUGAGAGGAAAGGCGAGCGAGGUGGCCCCUAGCUUGUUUCAGCCCAAAAGCAGGACAGUAGUCACCUAUUAGAAGAAAAUGAUGGUCUUUUUGACUCUCUCUGCAGUGCAGGAUGUGUAUUUGAGCACAUAAGACUCUGUAAUGGUGAUGAAAGGAACAUUCACAUUUCCACCAUGCCUGAAAAAAACUAUACGUAUGCUAUAUCUGUGUGGAAGAAUACAUCCUCGGAGACAUGCUGGUAAAAUAGAACGUGUGAAACCAGAUAUGCAUGGAACGACAUGCUGUCUUACCAGAUAUUUCCAAUCAUUUUGUGUUAUGGGUGGCACACGGGACUCUUCCAUGUGUCCCUGCCCCAAUUCCACUGCAAAUAUGGCAUCCUUAAUAAACUAGACGAAUAAACUAGAAGAGCUCUGCGACGCUCCUGAUGCCAUAACAUAGAGUUACAUUGUUGGAGGGGAGCUUCUUUACAAUAUUUUCACUUUUGAUAGAUUGAGAAGAAAAGGAAAGUCAAGAAAAAGGAUCCAUUCGAUCUAUUCCAUACAGUGUUUGUCACUCCAUUACCUCAAACAGAGAACUCUACAGAAUGUAAGGGAGAGCUAAAGUCAAGCGCUAGCUAGAUCUCAUCACACCGUUUUCUAAGAUGCAUGCUCGUUGUCAUGUGAUGUCUGGAUUGUGGUUAAUAUUAGUACUGCUGAGCAGAAAAUAGAACAUCGCUUAUCGAAACACUGCUAAAUAUGCAAUGCCACUGCAGUUUUUAUAUUGGCCAGUGUUGAAACAGUUUGAGGGGUACAAUAUGACUAUGGGUUAUGACCACAACACUGUACACACCUCUUAGAAGUCACAAUUCUCCCGUCUCCCGCUGACGUAACACUAACGAUUUCCCAGAAUCCACCAUGUUCUCUUUUUGACUGCUACAGUAUUACCUCUGCAAGCUACUGCGUUCAUGAAGGUUUGCAAAUGGCCACGAACAUCAUCCUAGGAUUAAAACACAAAGAAGUGCAGUUUGGCUUAUUUCUUUUCAUUUGGGUGGGUGUUUGUUUUCGCUUUGAUUUCCUUUUCCUAACUCCCUAGGACCUUCACUUUAUACAGAAUGCUUAACAGAUUCUAAUAUAUAUUUGUAUUUCAUUUUGGUAUAGUAUUUUUAUAUGUUAAAGAAUAAAUUUGUGUUUUAGGGAUUUUUGUGACUUUUGGUGUUUUAUUCGGUCAUUUAAUUCACUUUGCUUAUACAGGCUACAGUGGUUUGAAACUGGCCAAAAGCAUAGAUAAUUAUUAGCCUUAUUGUAAUAGGAGCCAGUGACGAUUGUUUUGGAAGGUUUUUUUUUUUUAAAUAUUGUAAAUGUUGUC